CGGGGAGGGACCUGGAUCUCUGGGGCAGGCAAAGGCCCGCCAGUCGUCAGCAUGAGCUCCAGCGAGGAAGCUGGGCGGCGAAGCCCAGGGAGGGACUCGGAGCUCCAGGUUACCACCAGAGAACAUGAUUUUGGUCUAGGGGCUCCAUUUUCUGAAGCUGAAAAAUACCAGAAUACUCUCCAGCUAGAGCAAGAAGUGAGAAAUCAAGACAAAUUCAUCUCUGCACUGAAAUUACAGGUUGAAGAUCUCAAACAGACAAAUCAUGGCUUGGAAGAAUAUGUUAGGAAACUCUUGGAUAGUAAGGAGGUGGUAAGCAGUCAAAUAGACGAUUUAACCAGCCACAAUGAGCAUCUUUGUAAAGAAUUGAUUAAAAUUGACCAACUAGCAGAGCAACUAGAAAAAGAAAAAAAUUUUGUGGUGGAUACCGCUGACAAAGAACUUGAAGAAGCAAAGAUUGAACUCAUUUGCCAGCAAAAUAAUAUAAUAGUAUUGGAAGAUACAAUAAAAAGGCUUAGAUCUAUAAUUUUAGAGACUGAAAAAGCACAAAAUAAAUCUCCUUCUAGACUUGAUUCCUUUGUCAAGACUUUAGAAGCAGACAGAGAUUAUUACAAGAGUGAAGCUCAAAAUUUGAGAAAGAUGAUCAGAAGUAGAUCUAAAAGUCCAAGACGCCCGUCUCCAUCUUCUCGGGGUACAAACUGUGAUGUAGAGCUUUUGAAGACAACAAGAGAUCGUGAAGAACUUAAAUGCAUGCUGGAAAAAUAUGAGCGUCAUUUGGCAGAAAUUCAGGGUAAUGUCAAGGUUCUUACAUCUGAGAGAGACAAGACCUUUCUUCUUUAUGAACAGGCACAGGAAGAAAUUGCCCGACUUCGACGAGAAAUGAUGAAAAACUGUAAGUCUCCUAAAUCAACAACAGCACAUGCCAUCCUCCGACGGGUGGAGACUGAAAGAGAUGUGGCCUUCACUGAUUUACGAAGAAUGACCACAGAACGAGAUAGCCUGAGGGAAAGGCUAAAGAUUGCCCAAGAGACAGCAUUUAAUGAGAAGGCUCACUUGGAACAAAGGAUAGAGGAGCUGGAGUGUACAGUUCAUAACCUUGAUGAUGAACGUAUGGAGCAAAUGUCAAACAUGACUUUGAUGAAGGAAACCAUAACCACUGUGGAAAAAGAAAUGAAAUCACUAGCAAGGAAGGCAAUGGAUACAGAAAGUGAACUUGGAAGACAAAAGGCAGAGAAUAAUUCUUUGAGACUUUUAUAUGAAAACACAGAAAAAGAUCUUUCUGAUACUCAGCGACAUCUUGCUAAGAAAAAAUAUGAACUACAGCUUACUCAGGAGAAAAUUAUGUGCUUGGAUGAAAAAAUUGAUAAUUUUACCAGGCAAAGUAUUGCCCAGAGAGAAGAAAUCAGCAUUCUUGGUGCAACCCUCAACGAUCUGGCUAAAGAAAAGGAAUGCCUACAAGCAUGUUUGGAUAAAAAAUCUGAGAACAUUGCAUCCCUUGGAGAGAGUUUGGCAAUGAAAGAAAAGACCAUUUCAGGCAUGAAGAAUAUCAUUGCUGAGAUGGAACAGGCAUCAAGACAGUCUACUGAAGCCCUAAUUAUGUGUGAACAAGACAUUUCCAGAAUGCGUCGGCAAUUGGAUGAAACAAAUGAUGAGCUGGCUCAGAUUGCCAGGGAAAGAGAUAUCUUGGCUCAUGAGAAUGAUACUGUCCAAGAACAAUUUUCUAAAGCCAAACAAGAAAACCAGGCCCUGUCUAAAAAAUUGAAUGAUACACAUAAUGAACUUAACGACAUAAAACAGAAGGUCCAAGAUACUAAUUUGGAGGUUAACAAGCUGAAGAGUAUAUUAAAGUCUGAAGAAUCUGAGAACCGGCAAAUUAUGGACCAACUCCGAAAAGCCAAUGAAGAUGCUGAAAACUGGGAAAAUAAGGCCCGUCAAGCAGAGGCAGAUAACAAUACCCUCAAAUUAGAACUUAUUACUGCUGAGGCAGAAGGUAACAGAUUAAAAGAAAAAGUAGAUUCUCUCAACAGAGAGGUCGAGCAGCACUUAAAUGCAGAAAGGUCUUACAAGUCCCAGAUUUCUACCUUACACAAGUCUGUUGUAAAGAUGGAAGAGGAACUUCAGAAGGUUCAGUUUGAAAAAGUGUCUGCCCUUGCAGAUUUAUCUUCCACAAGGGAACUUUGUAUUAAACUUGACUCAAGCAAAGAACUUCUUAAUCGACAGCUGGUUGCUAAAGAUCAAGAAAUAGAAAUGAUGGAGAAUGAGUUAGAUUCUGCUCGCUCUGAAAUAGAACUCCUCAGGAGUCAGAUGACAAAUGAGAGAAUCUCUAUGCAGAAUCUAGAAGCUUUGCUGGUGGCCAAUCGAGACAAAGAAUAUCAGUCUCAGAUAGCGCUUCAAGAAAAAGAAUCUGAAAUUCAGCUUCUCAAAGAACACCUUUGUUUGGCAGAAAGUAAAAUGGCCAUCCAGAGUAGAGAUGUGGCCCAGUUCAGAAAUGUUGUAACACAAUUGGAAGCUGAUUUAGACAUUACCAAACGACAACUAGGGACAGAGCGCUUUGAAAGGGAGAGGGCCGUGCAGGAACUUCGCCGCCAGAAUUACUCAAGUAAUGCUUAUCAUUUGAAUACUACCAUGAAGCCAAAUACAAAAUGUCAUUCACCAGAACGUGCUCACCAUCGAUCUCCUGACCGAGGCCUAGAUCGAUCGUUAGAAGAGAAUCUUUGCUAUAGAGAUUUCUGACAUGCGAAAAGAUUCUUCACAUCCUUGGGAAAGGUCAAAGUUACAAACGUUUUUUUUUUGCUAUAUGAUUGCAUUUAUCUUUUGAAUGCUUGACAAUGUUAAAUGUAUUUAUUAACUUUGUGCCUCUGAAUCUGUGUUCUCAUGUGCCAUAUGGCAGUGGUCCAAAAUGAUAUAUAGAAACAAAAAUGCAUAUGGCUCUUUCUAUCCAUGCAAUAGUAGUGAGUGUAAAAUCUGCUUACUUCACUAUUGAACACUGUUAUGUUAACUAUCCGGAGUAAAUAAAGAAGCUUACAAAAAGAGGGAAAAGUGUUUUUACAAAACUGAUUUCCUUUCCUUUCUUGAUAUCUCAAAUAAUUGGUUGGUUAAAUUUUUUCUUUGUGAUUUAUGCUUUCAUGGCUGGUGAAGUUGUGCCAAAAUAGGCACAGUUUACCAAUACUGGCCUGGGACCCAAUAUUCCAUUUUGGAACCAACCUGACAUAAAUUCCAGGCCAUAAUCUGAUUUCAAAGCAGCAGAUAGUAGGAGUGUGUCAGAGUUUUAAAAUCCAUAGUAUUGUACCACUAAUUAACAUACAUUUUCUGCAAUUGUGUUUAUCUCUACUAUUUUUAGAAAGGUAGGUGAUGCUAUAUUU